AUGCAUCUUGGCGGCACCAUCGCGUCCCAAGGAAGCACCAACACACAAACCACCGGCUACUCCAUCGGCCUCGGAGUGCAACAACUCGUCGACGCCGUCCCCGGAGCUCCUCAACAUCUCCAACAUCGCCCGGCUACCAAGUCUCCAACAGACACGCUCGAAGAAACCGCCUUCUUCCUCGACUCCACCAUUUCCUCCUCUAAACCCGUCAUCCUCGUCGGCGCCAUGCGCCCCGCCACCGCCCUCUCCGCCGACGGCCCGCUGAACCUCUUCCAAGCCGUGACGCUCGCCAGCUCGCCCGCGGGCCGCGACCGCGGGGCUAUGAUCGUGCUGAACGACCGCAUUGGAUCGGCAUUCUACACAACGAAGAACAACGCCAACACGCUCGAUACGUUUAGUAGUACGGAAGCUGGCCAGCUCGGCGUGUUUAUUAAUCAAGUCCCGUUUUUCUUCUUCGCGCCUGCGAGGCCCGUUGGGCAGGUGCACUUUGAUGUUGCGAAUGUGACGGAGCUUGCGCAGGUCGAUAUUCUAUAUGCGCAUCAGGAUAUGGAUCCGUAUCUGUUCAACGCGACUGUCGAUGGCGGCGCAAAGGGCGUAGUGUUUGCGGGUGUGGGAGCGGGUGGUACAUCGUCUGCUGCGGCGCUGAAUAUGGAGAGGGUGUUUAAUGCUACGGGGAUCCCGAUUGUGAGCAGUCAUAGGAGUGCGGAUGGGUUUGUGCCCCGCCGAGUACAGGGGAUUUUACGAUUGCAAGUGGGUUUUAUAAUCCGCAGAAGGCGAGGAUUUUGGCGCAGUUGGGGUUGA